UUUCCAAAAUCGCGUGCUGCUUUCAGUCGGUUAUUUCGGUUUUUAGUGAGUGAAUUCAAGUAAACUGAACUAAUUAAAGCCGGACUCUGGUUAACCAACCAAUUUUUGGUGGAUUGUGUGAAACAUUUUGUGAAUUGAUACAAAAUAUUGAUCCACUAAUAAAAGUUAGUAAGUCAGUGGUUGUUAGUGGUUUAAAUUAAAAAUUUAACGAAGGUGGCCCGCAUAAAGCAUUCGAUGUUCGGUUUGCUUGUGGCUUAUUGUGAUUGAAAUAUUAAGUCAAGGAAAGCUAGAGCGUGUAAAUAUUCUACUUUAACUCCUAACAAUAAAAUUUCUUUCCUGGUUCGGGAUAAUCGGGCAUUGGACAGAUUGGAUUUCCUCCCGUUUUGUUGUUCCGUGCCUGCGUACAACAGUUCCGCCAGGCCGCAUAAUUUAUUAGAACCCGACGUGCCCUGAAUGCCCGGUUAGUAACGGCAACGGCAACGGCAACGGCAACGGCGGGUCGCAACUACAAUAGGUGGCUGGCGUGUUUGUUUGAAAGGAAAAAGUUUUGCUUUCAUCCGUCUGUCUGUCGUCGCACAUGCUGGCUGGUGCUCGUUAGACAUCGUCGUCAGAAUUUACCGGUGGUCUAAGGUGCUCUCCGAGGAGAUUAAAAUCCCCGAGUGUCCAUCUGAUUGCGUCAGCCAUUCACCGUCCUGCUUCGGCCAUCGGGUAUGUGCUAAAAGUCCAAAAACCAAACUUUUCUUCUGAAGGGAAAAAUAUUUUUCCCCGUACAAAUCUGCGACUCUCCGGACGCGCUUUAUCACGGCAACACUCCAUCCUCGGAAAGGAUUUCCUCCCACUGAACGGGAACUGGUGUGAAAAACGAACCGAACAGGCCCCACCGGGACCCAUAGAUUAUGGUUACCGGUAACGACAACAGCCGGCAUUAUCCGCAGAAACACCACUGUAUGAACCCGGUGAGCAGCAAUCUUGACGACAUCGAACCCCACCCGUCUACUGGUCCAUCCACUGACGAAAUGACGCCUCUGGCAAUCCACACAUCAUCCUCGCCGCCGUCAUCUUCCUCGUCAGCAUCGUCGGCUAGCGUAGGUGAGCAAAUCCCACCACCUGUGCCGAAGGAGAUGACUAUCGAUGCCAAGGUAGCCCCUGCAAGCCGUUCGAACGACGGACGGCUGAAAUUGAGUGGAUUCGAGUUUUACGAGAAGGUUCUAGGCUCUCCGAAAUAUGUGGUGGCCCCCAUGGUGGAUGCGAGCGAAUUGGCCUGGCGAUUACUGAGCCGCCGACAUGGUGCCCAGCUGUGCUACUCGCCGAUGUUUCACAGCAGCUGUUUCGUCAAGGAUUUCAAGUACCGAAAGGAUUCACUGCAGACCUGCCCGGAGGAUCGGCCGCUAAUCAUACAGUUUUGCGGUAACGAUCCGAAAACGCUGCUGGAUGCCGCUCUGCUGGCCCAGGACCACUGUGACGCAAUCGAUAUCAAUCUUGGCUGUCCGCAGGCAAUUGCCAAGCGAGGCCAUUACGGAGCCUUUCUGCAGGACGAGUGGGAUCUGCUUAAGGAAAUCGUUUCCACCCUUCACCAGCAUCUGAGCGUACCGGUGACGUGCAAAAUUCGCAUCUUCGAAGACGUGAAUAAAACGAUUCGCUACGCCAAAAUGCUAGAGGAUGCCGGCUGCCAAAUGCUGACCGUCCAUGGGCGAACGCGCGAACAAAAGGGACCCCUCACCGGUGUGGCCGACUGGAGCUACGUGAAAAAGCUAAGAGAGCUUUUAAAAAUCCCGAUUUUAUCCAAUGGAAAUAUCAUGUCGGUGGAUGAUAUCGACCGCUGCCUGGAGGAAACGGGUGUCAACGGUGUUAUGACUGCCGAGGGUAACUUGUUUAAUCCUUUUUUGUUCGAAGGGAUCAACCCGCCCGCUUGGACCGUAGCCUACGAAUAUUUGGAUUUAGUGGAAAAGUUUCCUGCUCCCAUCUCGUACAUCCGGGGGCAUCUGUUCAAAAUCUUUCAUCAUCUGAUGAACCUUAAACCAAACGCACCAUUGCGAGAGCAAAUGGCCACCUGUCGCAAUGUGUCGGAAUUUCGAACCAUUGUCGGGCUGCUGGAGGAAAAGUAUCUUCCCUUCCACGAAGGGAAACAAACGUGGACCAACGAAGAAACCAACCUACCCGUGUCGGAAACAGCAGCAGAAGAAGAAAAUCCCAGCUUCAACCUCGCCUUACCGCCUUGGCUGUGCCAGCCUUACAUUCGGGCACCACCGGAAGUACACCGGCAAAAGCUGCAAGAAGCCACUCGGCUGGCGGCGAAUCCCGAUCGGGAAAAACGGCAAUUCUACGACCUGGAGGGUAACGAGAUUUCGCGCAAAAAAAUGAAAAAGAUGCGUCGCGUGCAGCGGCGGCCCAACCGGGCUGGGUUGCUUCCGGGCGAUCCGGAACGAGACCCCGGCCGAAGGUUCGAUGAAAUUUGCAAGAAUGCCAAAGUUAAAUGCACCAAUCCGGUGGGUUUAAAGUGUCCCGUGCAACUAUGCCGCAUUUGCUGUCGGAACCGAUGCUUCCACGAGAACCUCGACUGCGUGGGGCAUAAAAUUUUCAUAAAGUCCCGUCGCGAUAAAGCAAAAACAUUAACCGAAGCCGAGAAGAUGCAACGUGCAGAGCAAGAAGAAGGUAAUAAUCGUCAGCAGCAGCAGCCGUGUGACGGAAUGACAGUCGAGAGCUGAUGGUGGUUUUAUCACGAAAAAGGGAUAAGUUUUCUAAUUGUACUCGUUAAUUAGCGAAUAAAUGUUUGAUUACCAGCUCGGACGGUGGAUCAUUAUUGCAGUCAACU